AUUUUAUUCUCUUGAAUAUUCAUGUCAUGACCCAUAGUUUUUCUUGAUUCCUUGUAUACAAACGUACGAUUAUUUGUGUUGAUAAGCCCUAGAUUUGUUCGGCAGUUUAUGUGUCGCGAUAAGGAUCGAGAGUAAUGUUGUAUAAACUUUGGCUUCAAGACUUACCUUCACAGACGAUGGAUGCAAGAGCUCUUCUAAAUUUUCAACUUUGUAAUCUUAAAUUCCAUUCUUUUUACAAGGUUAGGGCUUUUUCAAGAAAUGGGCUUUUGUUUUAAUGUGUUUUCAGCAUCUGGAUUGCCUAAGAACGUCUGAUUUGCUGUGAGGAAAGUCUUUUGUGAGAUUGCUGAUUUCAAGAGAGGGAGGAGAACAACAUGACAAAUUCAUUCUCAAAUCUUCUUGAUUUGGCUUCUGGUAAUUUGUCUGGUCUUCCGAAUAAAAGAAAAAGGUUUUCAUGGGCAGAGUAUGAUGACGACGAUGAUGAUCUAGCACCUGGCUUUUCAUCCGACACUCAAUCACUUUCUUCCUCAAAUCGGAUUAUCAUUGUCGCAAAUCAUCUUCCUUUAAAAGCCAAGAGAAGAGAAAAUAACAAAGGUUGGUGUUUCAGUUUGAAUGAAGAUUCUUUGCUUUUGCACCUUAAAGAUGGGUUGCCUAAAGGUAUGGAAGUUCUUUAUGUUGGGUCUCUAAAUGUCAAUGUUGAUCCAGAGGAGGAGGAGGAUGUGUCGCAGAAUCUUUUGGAUAAUUUUAAAUGUGUUCCUACUUUUUUGGAACCUGAUCUUUCGGAAAGAUUCUAUGAUGGAUUUUGCAAGAGGAAAUUGUGGCCACUUUUUCACUACAUGUUGCCACUUUCAGGUUGUCAAGAAGAUCAGUUUGAGAAGUCUUUGUGGGAAUCUUAUAUCUUAGCAAAUAAGGUGUUUUUUCAUAAAGUGGUUGAGAUUAUAAACCCAAAAGAUGAUUAUGUUUGGAUUCAUGACUACCAUUUGAUGGUGCUGCCGACCUUUUUGAGGAAGCAUUAUAUUCGAUUGAGGAUGGGAUUUUUCCUACACAGCCCAUUUCCCUCAUCUGAGAUCUAUAGAACUCUCCCUGUUAGAGAAGAAAUACUCAAGGCUUUGCUCAACUCUGAUAUUAUAGGGUUCCACACUUAUGAUUAUGCUCGACAUUUUCUCUCUUGUUGCAGCCGAAUGUUGGGUUUGAAUUAUCAGUUAAAGAGGGGUUACUUAGGAUUGGAAUAUUAUGGAAGGAUUAUUGGUAUUAAGAUUAUGCCAAUUGGGGUUCAUAUGGGUCGUAUAGAGUCGUUGUUGGCAAUGGCUGAUAAGGAUCGUAGUUUGAGGGAGCUUAAACAACAAUUUGAAGGGAAAUCAGUGUUGAUUGGUGUAGAUGAUAUUGACAUUUUCAAAGGUAUAAAUUUCAAACUUCUUGCAAUGGAACAGAUGCUCAAGCAACAUUCACAUUGGCGGGGAAAGGCUGUGCUUAUCCAAAUUCUAAACCCUGCCAGAGGUAAAGGACUAAAUGUGGGACACAUAUUGGAAGAAAUGCAAGAAACCAUCCGGAGGAUCAAUGAUGAAUAUGGGCAACCAGGCUAUGAGCCAAUAGUAUUAAUAAACAGAGAAGUCUCAGCCAAUGAAAGAGUUGCUUAUUACAGCAUUGCUGAUUGCCUUGUUGUGACAGCAAUAAGGGAUGGAAUGAACCUCACUCCUUAUGAAUAUGUUGUAUGCAGACAAGGAUUACCAGAAUCUUCAUCAUGCUCUGACUGCAUUGGCCCAAAGAAGAGCAUGAUAGUGGUGUCAGAGUUUAUUGGGUGUUCUCUAUCACUUAGUGGGGCUAUCCGCAUAAACCCAUGGUAUGUUCAAGCAACUUCUGAAGCAAUGCUUGCUGCUAUUACUAUGAGGGAUUCAGAGAAAGAGUUGCGGCAUGAGAAACAUUAUCAAUAUGUUAGCACACAUGAUGUGACUUAUUGGUCUCGUAGUUUCUUCCAAGACAUGAACAAAACUUGUGCUGACCAAUUUAAGAAAAUAUGCUGGGGUAUUGGUAUUAGCUUUGGCUUUCGAGUUGUGUCACUUGAUCCUAAUUUCAGAAAACUCUCACUUGAUGGUAUUCUAUCAGCAUAUCGCAAUGCAAAAAGUCGGGCCAUUCUGUUGGACUAUGAUGGUACUAUAAUGCCCCAAAACUCCCUCAACAAGCCCCCAAGUCAGGACGUUAUCUCAACUCUAAGAAAACUUUGUGCUGACCAAAAGAAUACAGUUUUCGUCGUUAGUGGCAAAGGGAGGGAACACUUAAACGAGUGGUUUUCUUCAUGCCAGAACCUUGGAGUUGCAGCAGAACAUGGAUACUUUAUCAGAUGGCCUCAAAAUGACGAAUGGGGCACCUUUUUCCGGAGCUCUGCAUUGGAUUGGAUGAAACUGGCUGAACCUGUUUUAAAAUUGUAUACUGAGGCUACUGAUGGUUCUUCAAUUGAAGUAAAGGAAAGUGCUUUAGUUUGGCAAUAUAAGGAUGCAGACCCAGCGUUUGGUUCUUUCCAGGCACAGGAGAUGUUGGAUCACCUUGAGAGUGUUUUAGCAAAUGAACCUGUUGCUGUAAAUAGAGGAAAAUUUAUUGUAGAGAUUAAACCUCAGGGAGCUAGUAAGGGGUUUACUGCAGAAAAGAUCUUCUCGUCAAUGGCCGAAAAAGGGAAGCGAGCUGACUUUGUGUUGUGUAUUGGCGAUGAUAGAUCUGAUGAGGACAUGUUUGAAAUAUUUGGUGGUGAGAAGUUAAGUAAUAUUCUUUCCCCUAAUGCUUUAGUUUUUGCUUGCACGGUCGGGCAAAAGCCAAGCAGUGCAAAAUACUAUCUGGACAGCAUAACUGAAGUAGUAUACAUGCUUCGCACCCUUGCUCAUUCUUCAUCCUCGGCAGAAGUUUCAGUGAGCACCAUGUGAAGUAGUCUCAUUAUAUUUGAUUCAACAAUCAUUUCUCUCUCUCUUGUGGAACAUAUCAUGAAGAAUACGCUGGGGGCCAUCUUAGACGUAUAUAGAGUGCUGAGUAGAGUUGUAGAAAGAAUAGUCAUUACUUAGUCUCUUCUGUCUGUUUAUAAGAAUAGGCAGUGAAGUGUGUUUGUACUAGAGUUGAGUUCCCAGAUAUUGUUACAAGAGGGUUGUAUUACCAAACAGAAAAAAGCUCCACACACUAACAUUGAUUUUUCAGUGAGUUUAACGGAGGGUGCUAUUCUAAUCUCA